UCCCUGUUUCAGUCUAAGCUACAGUGGUUGGCUCAAUGGCUGGGACCAGCAACAGGCGUGGAGCAGUAAUGGAGGAUUGGAUGCUCUCCACACCCAGCCCAAGAACACUCAUGUUGAGCCUGUUCAACGAUGAUUUCAGCUCGAGUCCCUUCUCCGAUGUUUCCGGUGACAGUGGCAGCAACAAACCUCGUGAUGGAACCGAGAGAACCAAAGCUUCCGUCGAUUCGAGCCUGGGAGAAAGUUCUCGAGUUAACAAAACCUCUCUCCAUUUUGAACCAAACCUGUUUGGUGCUGAUGAGAAAUCAAGCCCAGAUAAUGGCAGUCCUGCAGAAAGGAACGGUUUCUGUGCACUCAAGAUCGACACUUCCCGUGUUGGUUUUUCCGCGUCGAUUCGGUCUCCUAUCAUAAUUCCACCCGGCGCACAACCUUCUCCUACGACCGGUAAAUUGCCAUUUCUGAUGCGUACCAAUGCUAAUACAACAAUACCAUCGGUCCAUAAGAAGGCUCAAGAGCUGUCCCAUGAUGAUCAUACAAUCUCCUUUCAGCAAAUUUUGAGGUCUAAUACAACUUUUUCUAUUGUCGACAAUGAGGGUCCCAAUGUUAUUCAUCAAAACCAGCCCUCAGCAAGCGAGAACAAUCACCGUAUCCCCAACAGCGAACAAGAAGAUAUCAAGGCAAACAGAAACGGAGACGAUUCUCCAGCGACGAUCAUUGUCCGAGCAGAGGAUGGAUAUAAUUGGAGGAAAUAUGGGAAGAAGCAAGUGAAGAACAGUGGCCAUCCAACGAACUACUACAAAUGCAGUCACCAGAAUUGCCCUGUCAAGAAAAAGGUGGAGCAUUGUCAAGACGGCGAUAUAACGGAGAUAGUCUACAAAGGUUCUCACAAUCACCCUUUACCGCCUCCCGACAGACGCCCAGGUGUCGUCGCCUGCUCACGCCCCAACGAUCUGCAAGCCGACGGCGCAGAGAAUGCUCCGGCUGACCACUUCCAAGAUGCGCACGGUGAAGUUCCUGCGACAAAUCUCUGUGCUUCUCUUAACAGGGCAGGACUUGCAGACAGAUCAGCUACCCGAGAAGCCAUUGAUAUCUCGCCGCCGACGCUCUCCGGUGAAGACAGUAAGAGGGAGGCACAUGGUACUGUUUCUUCGGGCAUCGAGAGGGACAAAGAUUUGGCCGAGUCGAAGAGAAGAAUGAUGGAUUAUGUCACUCCAGCCACCGCCAUUGGUACCAUAGACAUAGGGGCUCUGGCGUCGAGAGCUGUCCGAGAGGCCCGCGUCAUCGUGCAGACCACAAGCGAGGUCGAUGUGCUCGACGACGGCUACCGCUGGCGCAAGUACGGUCAGAAAGUUGUCAAAGGCAAUCCAAAUCCAAGGAGCUACUACAAAUGCACGCACCCGAGCUGCCCGGUGCGCAAGCACGUGGAGAGGGCGUCGAAUGACCCGAAAUCGGUCAUCACGACGUACGAGGGCAGGCACACCCAUGAGGUUCCGACUGACAGAAACAAUGGCCACCCAAGCUCGGGCCAUGGUGGCGUUGCGCCGCCGCCGGCACAAGGAGGAGGAGGCAUCAUCCCUCAGUACACCGGAGCAGCCGCAUAUGGCUCGAUUGCGCAGCUCGGUGUAGCAGACGGCUUCCCCUUCGGAGUGCUCCCCCGUGGCCUGGCGCUCGUUCCGGUGCCGGCGCAGAUGAUGGCCGGUGAUCCGUCGGCGAUGCAGGGGAGCCCGAGGCUUGUGCUGCAGGCAAGGGAGGUGAAGGGGAAUCCGGCGGCACGGCCAGCAGGCCAGAGUGGAACUGGUCCGGCGGCUUACCAGCAGCUGAUGAGCAGGCUGUCUCAGAGUCCUAACAUUUUCGUUUCAUGGUCACAGAGGACUCAUCUUACAGAAAAAAAAGGGAGCACAGAGAAUUCAGAUGAUUUUAUUAAGCAGGAAAAAAGAUUAACAUCUGAGGGUAGCUAACCAAACUUGUCAUAUGGCACUACCUUUGUUGCUGAAAUAUUCAGGUUUCAAGCUAACACUGAAUCAACUUAGGUCGUCAGAUCCUGUAAAAAUUUACUCCCUCCGUUUCUAAAUAUAAGUCUUUUUAGAGAUUUCA